UGUGCUUAGCACUGGAACAUACUUUUGCUAUAAGAAAGGUUCUUUGGCGGCUUUCUCGCCGUAGUCUUCGACUUGGACGCACACGAAGUGUAGUGAUUGAAAAUUUUCAAAAAGAAAAAAUAAUAAUUUUGUGAUUUUUUUGUUCGGAAAUAAAACCGGAACAUGUCAGCCCUUCUAGUCCAACCCAGCCCCGAAUUGCAAAUCCACAUCAGAAAGGAACUCAACGAAGAUGUCAACACAAGAGACAGCGAUUUGCAAGCCAUCAAGGAUUGGCUACAGAAACAGCCCCAUCUGCCCGACACUUGGGACGAGCAGCGCAUCAUGACCUUCCUGCGCGGUUGCAAGUUUUCCUUGGAAAAGUGCAAACGUAAGCUGGACAUGUACUUCACGAUGCGCGCCGCCAUUCCCGAGUUUUUCACCAAUCGUGACAUUUCCCGGCCUGAGUUGCAAGAAAUCGUGAAAAUCGCCCAAGGGCCCCCAUUGCCGGGCCUCACCCCCGAUGGGAAACGCGUCACAAUCAUGCGUGCCACCCUUAAGGAUUUCGAAACGCCGAAUAUUGCCGACGCUAUGAAAAUCGCACUCAUGAUCGGGGAUGUUCGGCUCGCCGCCGAGGAGGUGGGGGUGGCGGGAGAUGUGUUUAUUCUGGACGCUAGCGUGGCUUCAAUGAAUCAUUUCACGAAAAUCACGCCCACGAUUGUUAAGAAGUUCCUGGUGUGCGUCCAAGAAGCCUACCCGGUCAAGCUCAAGGAGGUCCACGUGGUCAACGCCUCGCCGAUUGUCGAUACCAUCAUUAAUUGGGUUAAGCCCUUCAUUAAGGAGAAAAUCAGGAAUAGGAUCCACAUCCAUCAGGAUCUGGAAUCGUUGUACAAGUUUGUCCCGAAGGAUAUUCUUCCAGAGGAGUAUGGGGGGACUGCCGGGAAAAUGGCCGAUUUUAACGACCAAUGGAUGAAAACCCUCGCAGAGUACACUCCAUGGUUCAAAGAACAGGAAAAUAUCAAAGCUGAUGAGUCGAAACGUCCCGGAAAACCCACCAACUAUGAAGAUCUGUUCGGGCUUGAUGGUAGUUUUAGACAAUUGACCAUCGAUUAAAUGGUAUUGCGAUUACGCUCAACCAAAGCUGAAAUUAUGUUUGGCGCGUCCGGAAAUUUUUUUUGGCUUAAUUUUUUCAUUUUCAUAGUCAUAUUUUUGUACUCAUUUUUUGUAUUAAUAAAGUCACUUUUUUCUUA